AUGACCGCGUUCUUGCCUUUGCUGGACGACGCGCCCAACGCCGCUCUGCUCGCGGCGCUUGAACGCUUGGGCCCAGCGCUUCUACCUGCGCUUCACAACUCCUCUCUGCCCGACUACAAGGAUCGCUUCGUGCUUGCGGAUCAUGACACCUCUCUUGACCAGGCUGAGCUCGUCGACAUGCUCGAUCGGGGCGCACAGAAACUGGUCGUGCCUCUCGCUUGGGCACUCGAGCUCGUGGGUUCGAUCCCUCCCGAGCGCCUAAUCCUCCUUCUCGACGCCGCCUCCAUCUCGGCGGUGAGUGAGAAAGUGCGCGCCGGCAUCUCCGGCGUCCUUCUGCGCGCGCCCUCCCUCGACGCAGAUCUUGUCGCUCAAGUCUCGAGCUUCUUCUUGGACAGUACAUUCUAUAUCUAUGCUACUUCCGAUGAGCUGCCUACGUUAUCCGCUCUCCGCGCCGUCCGCGCUGCCGGUGCCACUCCAGUGCUGCGUAGUUCUCACCUCAUACUCUCUGCCACCUCCACCGCUUCUCAGCUGAGCGUCGCCGAUGCAUUCCUGGCCCCAUUGAUCUCCGACCGGCCUGACGGUCUAUUUCCCACCGUCGUCUCAUCCUACACGCAAUCGGGUCGUACCCUCGGUCUGGUCUACUCGUCGCGAGAAUCCAUCGCGGAGAGCAUAGCUACCGGGAAAGGCGUCUACCAGUCCCGCAAGCACGGUCUCUGGCGUAAAGGCGAAACGUCCGGCGCGACGCAGGAGAUUGUCAGCAUCCGCAUUGACUGUGACGCCGAUGCACUCGAGUUCUCUGUUGUCCAGCGCGGCGCCGGAUUCUGCCACCUCCCGCAGCCAUCUUGCUUCGGCCAGGUGGACGGGUUUGCAAAGCUUGAGGCGACACUGCAGGCGCGCCUCGAGAGUGCGCCUGAAGGGUCGUACACUCACAGGCUCUUCAACGAUCCUGAUCUCCUCCGAGCCAAGAUUAUGGAGGAGGCCGACGAGCUCUGUACGGCCCAGACGCGCGAGGAGGUAGCAUUUGAGGCGGCCGAUCUGUUCUACUUUGUUUUGACGCGUUGCAUUGCGGCCGGUGUCAGUCUCACAGACAUCGAGCGUGGCCUGGAUGCCAAGGCGCUCAAGGUCUCCCGCCGCCCGGGGAAUGCCAAGGCUCAGUGGAAGAAAAAUGCCACUGCAUCUGAGUCUAAGCCUCUUCCGCCUGUGCCCGUCGACAGCGGGAGCCCCGCACCGUCCCCGCUUCCGAAGCCGCCUGCGCCCGCCCCCGAACCCACCUCAGAGCCCGCAGUCGACAUGCCGAUCCGCAUGCGCACAUACACUCUCAAAACUUGCAGCCCACCGGAGCGCGCCGACCUUCUUCGCCGUCCAGUUCUCAAGUUCGAUGAAAUGAUGCUCAAAGUGCGACCGAUCGUCGAUGACGUGCGCGCUCGAGGAGACGCGGCGUUGCUCGACUUGACGGCGAAGUUUGACAAGGCUACGCUUGAUGUGCCCGUGCUUCGCCCACCGUUCCCCCCUGAAGCGAUGGUGCUUCCAGAGGAUGUACGCAAGGCCAUCGACCAAGCGUACGCGAAUGUGCGCACCUUCCACGCCGCGCAGGUCACUGGGACGCUCGAGGUUCAGACGAUGCCGGGAGUCGUAUGCCGCCGCUUCGCGCGGCCAAUUGCCCGUGUCGGGCUGUACGUUCCCGGUGGAACGGCCAUUUUACCAUCUACGGCGCUUAUGCUUGGCGUCCCCGCGCAAGUUGCCGGAUGUGGCGAAAUCGUCCUCGCCACUCCCCCGCGCCCUGAUGGAAGCGUUUCACCUGAGGUUCUCUAUGUCGCGCACCUCGUCGGGGCACAUGCCGUGCUUCGCGCCGGCGGUGCUCAGGCUGUUGCAGCGCUCGCGUAUGGCACCGAGACUACGCCCAAGGUCGAUAAGAUCUUCGGUCCGGGUAAUCAAUGGGUCACAGCGGCAAAGAUGCUUGUCCAGAACGACACAGAUGCGCUCGUCGCAAUCGAUAUGCCUGCUGGCCCAUCCGAGGUUCUUGUUGUCGCUGACUACACUGCUGAACCAACCUUUGUUGCCGCCGACUUACUCUCCCAGGCCGAGCAUGGCGUCGACUCACAGGUAGUGCUUGUAGCCGUUUCGCUCUCUGAUGAGAAGCUCGCAGCUAUAGAGGCCGCAGUCGACGAGCAGGCCCGUGCGCUCUCUCGUGUCGACAUCAUGCGUCAGUCGAUCCCGAAGAGUAUCAUCGUCCGUGUAGAUACGGUAGAGGAGGGGCUGCGCUUCUCAAAUGACUACGCGCCGGAGCACCUUAUCCUCCACCUCGAGGAUGCACCUGGUGCCGUUGAGCUCGUGCAGAAUGCAGGCAGUGUCUUUGUCGGGCCUUACUCCCCAGAAAGCUGUGGCGAUUACGCGUCCGGCACGAACCACACUCUGCCAACGAACGGGUAUGCACGCCAGUUCAGUGGCGUCAACACGCUCUCCUUCCAGAAGAGCAUCACAUCGCAAGAGCUUACACGUGACGGUCUCCGGGUAUUGGGACCUGUCGUCGCUACGCUCGCAGACUGUGAGGGCCUUGACGCGCAUGCCAACGCUGUGCGCGUCCGUCUUGCAGCGCUUAGGGACCAGCCAGCGGCAUAA